GAACAAUUAGAAAGUCGCUGUUCUUUUCGUUUUAUGUUUGGAAUUGCAAUAAUGGCAAAUGAUACGAAGGCCUAUGAACAUUUGUUACAGGCAAUACACUAUCAAAGAGCUUUAGGUAGUACAAUAGGUUCUAUUAUUGGAGCGGUUAUUGGAGUCAUUGGGAACAGUUUUGUUGUUCUCGUGUACCUGUUCCGGAUAAAAGAGAAGGGUGAACGCUAUUUUAUUCCACUUUUAGCGAUUGUGGAUCUUUCUGCAUGUCUGACAACUCCUCCAUUCUUUAUUCUGGAUAAUUCAUAUUUUUAUAACUAUCCAAGUAAUGUUUGGUGCAAAAUCUUAUCAUUCUUCCUGUUGUGUUUUUCAACAAUAUCGGCAAAUAUGUUACUAGUGAUAUCCCUUCAAAGACAUCUUCUAGUGUGCAAACCGUUUGGGCCAAAAAUGACAUUAUUUUGGAAACGAGUUUCUUUUCUUAGCUCCUGUUGCAUUGGACUUCUGUGCUCGGUUCCUGUUUUGAAAACAGCAGGAAUUCUACAAUCGAACAGUAUUUACAUGAACCACAGUAUAACAACAAGAGUUUGCAAAUUUUCAAUGUAUCAAUCGUUAUUUGUUUCAGCGUACUUUGCCUUUUUGCUGAUACUUUCGAUUGCGAAUAUUUUGGUCACACUUUUCCUUUAUAUCCCAAUCCUACAUAGAAUAAAGCGUUCUCGUCCGUGGAAAUCAAAUGCAGCUGAUAAAAAAGAAAUAUUGAAACAAGAGAACGAGCAUUCCUGUUCUAGUGUAACAUUUCAAGCUGCAAAAAAAUCAGAGGUUAUCCAAGCAAAUACAAGCAAAAAUGAGCCCAAUUUUGCAGAUAGAGUGAUCUCAACAGAGGAGAACAAAACCGCAUGUAAAUCUGCUGGUGAGACAGACCCCGGCAAUCCAUCAGCUCGAACGGCAACUGAUCUACCCACAACUUUACAGCAAAAAAUGAAGAAGGUUCAUAAACGCCCAGUAGAUCGAUUCAGCAUAAUGUUUUUCAUCAUCAUUUUGACGUAUGUGCUUUCGUAUAUCGCUCCCCUAGUGAUUCUGGUUCUUACUUAUACAAUAGAAGAUUUCGAUUACGUAACACUGUCGGAGACAGACUCUAUGAUGUGGAUAUAUUUACCCCGUUUAGUGUUUAUAAAUCACAUACUGAAUCCCUUUGUAUACGGGUACUUUGAUACAAAAUUCAAAGAUCAGCUCAAAAUAGUAUUUUGCCGAUACUACCCUAACAAAAAUUUACAAUAG